AUGCCAGAGGAGUGGAAUACGGCAAUACUAUGUCCUAUUUUCAAGAAGGGAGAUCCAAUGUUAGUUUCAAAUUAUAGAGGUAUAUCAUUAUUAGACACAGGAUAUACAGUAUUUACAUCACUGCUGCUGGAACGAAUAAACCAAUAUGCAACAGAGAUUGUGGGGGAAUACCAGUGCGGAUUUAGAAAAGGAAAAUCAACAGUCGAUAGUAUCCAUACCAUCAGACAAAUAGCGGAGAAGCACUACGAAUACAAUAAAGAUCUACACCUAUUGUUCAUAGAUUUUAAACAAGCCUACGAUUCUAUUAAUAGAAAAGAGUUAUGGAAGGAAAUGUCAGAAAAGUUCGAAGUAAAAUCUGGCCUUCGUCAAGGAGAUGCAUUGUCACCGAUGCUAUUCAACAUUGCUUUGGAAUGGGUAGUGAGAACAGCAAAUGAAACUCGAAAAAUGGAAGUAGGUGAAAUUGAAACCAUUCUUGCUUAUGCAGACGAUUUGUCAUUACCACUUCAACCAUCAUGUAGAAAACGACUUAAGUGGUCUGCUGAAGAUGUAAUCUUGCCAGAACAGUUACCAUAUCCACAAAAUGAUGAAUCUCCAAUAUCUGACUUGUUUAGUUCCUAUGAUGAUUUAUUGAAAAAUUACAAACAUAUAGUCUUACCUAUCGGUUGGAAUAGUAUAUGUGAUGAUGGUUCAAUUGUGUUUUUUUUUGUGCGUCCAAAUGGUUACAAUAAAAUGGCUGUUGUUGAAAAACAAUUAGUAUUUACUGAUGAUGAAAAAGUCGAGUGCUAUGUAUUAAAUUGCCCUGUGCAGUUGGAUGAUUUUGAAAUGACAAACAUUUGUUUUCCUUUUUCUUCACAAUUGAUUGAAGAAACUUUGUGUGGCUUAAAUGUAACUCAAACAUGCAAUGGUGGUCCUAGUGCAGAUCAUUUUAAAGAAACGACAUGGUAUUCUUGUAUCGACGAAAUUUUUUUGAGGGAAAGUUUGUCUGUGAACACAAAUAAAUUAACCUAUAUUGGAUUUGAAGAUUUGGGAGACGGGAUUAAAAGUGAAAGAUACGGAGAAAAGGCUGACCAUGGGCUAGUCUUCUUAUUUAGGAGCCUGGCUUCGAGUUAUUCUCAACCCAUAGCCAUGUUUGCAUCUAAAGGUCCUGUUCCAGGUAAAAUUCUAGCUCAGCUAAUUUUGAAAUCUAUCGCACUUCUUGAAAACAUUGGAGCAAAAGUAGAUGGAAUUGUCUCUGAUGGUGCUUCUAGUAAUCGGAAAGUUUGGAAAGAGUUUGGUGUAAGUGGUGAAUUUGAAAAUGUUAAAAACUACUUUACUCAUCCAUUGGACAAGAACAGAAAUAUUUUCAUGUUCUCAGAUGCGCCCCAUCUUAUGAAAACAGUUCGCAAUAGAAUAUACAACAAAAAGUAUUUGAAGGUAUCUCCUGAUAAAAAGUGUAUUAGUUGGUUUCAUUUUGUGGAAGUUUUCAACAGAGAUUCCACUAAUAUUCUUAGAAUUUGUCCGAAAAUAACAAAGAGACAUUUAUUUUUGGACAAUUUGGCUAAAAUGAGUGUUAAGCUGGCCACACAGGUAUUAAGUCAAUCUAUGGCUGAUGGAAUUAAGUUUUAUAGAGAAAGUCAAUGUGCAGGACUUAAUGGGAGUGAAGAAACAGAAGAGUUUACAAGGCUAUUUAACAACUGUUUCGAUGCAUUGAACAGAAAAUUUCCAAAAGAGGGAGUACGGAAAAAUAGCAAUGACCUAAUAGUUUUACAGAAUACAAUUAAUUUUAUUGAUGCUUGGGAACAAAAUGUCAAAAAUGGUAUAAUUUCCAAAGAUCACUUUUUAACCACCAACACUGCUGAUGGCUUAAGAGUGACUCUGAAGUCUACAAUUGAUUUGACAAAAUAUUUAUUAAAUAAAUGUGGGUUCAGUUAUGUACUAACCAAUAAAAUGAAUCAAGACUCACUCGAAUUAUUUUUUGGAACAGUUCGUCAAGCUUCAGGUCCUAAUGACCAUCCUUCCACACCAACAUUUAUACAAAUAUACAAAAUUCUUUCAGUUUAUUCAAUACUUAAACCUCCUACAACCGGAAAUUGUGAAUUGCUUAACACAGAUGUACCGAAAAUUACUAUGAUGGAUAUAAAAACAAUAUAUGAAAAUAAUGAUGCUUCUGAAAGAUCAAAAAAAAUUAAAGAAUUAAAGGAAUUACUUGAUACAUGUAUUGAGAAAGGAAACAUUGAAGUCGAUUCAGUGUUUGAUGAUCACAAUUAUUACAAAGCUUCAGCCGUAGAUUGUGUGAUCUAUUAUGUUUGUGGCUAUAUAACUAGGAAACUAGCUAAACGUUAUAAGUGUGAAGAAUGUAGGUACAACAUUUUUCAAUAGUUCAACAGAAGCAUCUGCAAAUCCUGUAGCUGCAUUAACAAACAUAAAAUCCAAAGGCUGGUUAUUACAUCCUAACCAUAGUUUAUUUGAGUUUAUUAGGUAUAUAGAAGAUCUAUUUAACCAGUACUGUAAAUAUUCUGACGUUUUUGAAUUAAUUGUCAACCACAUAACUGAAAAUAAUAAACAGUUUUGGUUUUCAUGCUCCCUGCAUAAAACAGAUGUUAUGUCUGAUAUAAUCACAUAUUACAUUACAAUGCGUAUGCGGCAGUAUUCAGUUUUUCAAAAUAGAGAGCAAAACAAAUUGAGUUCUAAGAAAAAAAAAUUGUCGAAACUAGUCAACACUUGAUUGUAAUUUUAUUAAUAAAAUAUAUUUUACAUUUUUACUAUAUAAAUAACAUAUUAAAUUGUUUAAGUCAACCUAAGCACAUAAAUAGGUCACCUUAAGACAUUACAAGUAGA